GGGCCGCGGCGGCCGGGCCGGGCUGGGCUGGGCUGGGCCGGGCCGGGCAGGGCAGGGCGAGGUGGGGUAAAAGCCCUCGCUAUGGUGCCCAGCGCCCUGUAUUGGGAUCUGGUGGGCUCCUCCGCUCUUCUCAACCUGCCGGCGGCGCCCGGUUUCGGCAACUUGGGCAAAAGUUUCCUCAUCGAGAACUUGCUGCGGGCCGGGGCGCCGCCGAGCCCUGCCCAGCUCCGUCCCCUCCCCGCCAGCCCCGUCCCCCUCAAGCUGUGCCCCGCGGCGGAACAAAUCAGCCCCUCGGGGGGUCCCUACCCGACAAGAUGGGCUUUUCAAGUGCUCAACCCCUCCGCGGCGGACAGCGGCCGCCCGCCAGCGCGGGCUCCGGCGGCAGAGAGAGGCACCGUCUUCCCGCCGGCAGCCACAGCUCUUUCCAAACACUUUUUUCUCCGAGCCCCGCCAUUCUACUCAGUAUGCUGUGGUGGGUCCUGUCAGCACCCUGCAUCCCCCACUGCUUUUCCAAGAGAGGAAAGUGUCCUGCCUCUUCUGACCCAGGAGUCUAACUCCAAAGCCCGGAGAGGUAUAUUAAGAAGAGCUGUCUUUUCUGAAGACCAGAGGAAAGCUUUGGAGAAAAUGUUUCAGAAGCAGAAGUAUAUCAGUAAAACAGACAGGAAGAAAUUGGCCAUUAGCCUGGGUCUAAAGGAGUCUCAGGUGAAAAUUUGGUUUCAGAAUCGAAGGAUGAAGUGGCGAAACUCCAAAGAAAAAGAAGUGCUUUCAAACAGGUGCCUCCAAGAAGAAGGUCUUGAGGAGAACUACCUCUCACAAUCCACCAUGAAUUUUACCUCCCCGUGCCAAUCUGUGUGGGAAGUAUCUCAGGAGCCGGCAAGUCCAAGGUGGAGGGAGAAUUCUCCAGGAAAUUCUGAAAGACUGACUAGUACACAACCACCUCCAAGAGCAAAUUCAUCACAGAGUCCACUCUAUUUGUAUCCUGACCAAGACACUGCAAAUAAGGCAGUUACAUCAUCAGCCUAAGGAAAUAGGGCCAGUUUGUAAAUUGAGUGGAGAGCACAGGCUUCAAGUCAGCAGUCUUCUAAAAUUAACAGUAUUUGGACAUUGUAAAGCUAACUAGUUUAUGCCUCAUAAAUUUGCUAAAGUCUAACACCAUUAAAAUGACAAACAAC